CUGGAUUUGGCAAAAAAAAAAAAAAAAAUGCAGGGCGUCCAGUUAAACUUGAAUUUUUAGAUAGACAACAAAUAAUUUUUUAGUAUAGGUAUGCCCCAAAUAUUGUACGGAACGUAUUUACAUUAAAAAAAUUCCUAAUUUAUCUGAAAUUCAAAUUUAACUGGACGUCCGGUAUCUUAUCUGGCUACCUUACUCUUGGGCGCCCCCUGCCCUGGGCUCUAAUAUCCAGUGGCAAAGCUGGUAUCCUCUAGGCCUGUAUCCAUCAGGGAAACAGGUAACAAAUUUCGCCCAGACUGUCAGAAUCAGCUAUCGCUACCUAUGCCGCUUUUAGCGCCAAUCCUAAUGGGCCAGCCUCACGAGACCCCGGCAACAGCUGGGCCCAUUUUGAGUCCCCAUGGCAGCGCCCCCUGUGUUCCCUUUCACGGCUGGAGUCAGGCGCGGUUUGUCUUCUCUUGUGGGAAAGCUGAGCUCCAUGUAGGCUAAGUGGCCAGAGGCUAGAAGUUGCCAGGUUUUUUUAGUAUGGGAUAAAGUGAUGUUUGGAGUCCAGAUUUUCAGUGUUAACAGUGGACAGCUUCAGAGAGCCCAGGGAUGUCAAGGGGAGAGCAUUAGUCUCAUCUCACCUCUCGUUUUGCUCGUGAGACCCAGUGAGAGAAAUGGAGUUGUCCCUGUGGUAGAGCUGGAGCCUGAUUCCCAGCCUCCUUCCCCUGCUCUGUCCACACUUGCUGCUGCAGUCAGCUGGCAGCAUUUAUGGUGGGCAUUUAUUAAAGUAAUGCCUUUUUACAGAUGAGCUCUUGGGGGCUUUAUUGUCCCUAAACUCCGCUACAGCCUCUUGACCUUCACCUUAAAGCUUUUUUAGCCUUUACUGUGCCCGGUAGGGAAAAUGACUAUUUGGCCUCAGCUGGGGAAGCCUGCCCUUUGCCUACUCUAGCCAUGCUGCUCUCACCCCUGUGGGUGGUGUGAGCCAAGACUUGUUAUGCAGAGCCAAAGGCAUGUUCUUGGCAUGGGUGGGUCUGACCGUGUAGGUGGAAGGGCAUCCUUUUCUGUCUUGCAGAUUGGGCCCAAUGGUAUGUGGGGUCAUGUGGCGUCUAAGGACUUCUUCAGGGUUCUACUAUAGGCCAGGCUUUGCUGCCACUUCUGAUUUGAACCUGAACCUGUUGCUGGACUCACCCUGAGUGCUGGGAUUCUUUGGGCUGUGUGCCCCGAGGAUGUGCCUGGACCUGCCUGUCGGUGUCCCAGCAAACCUACAGCCUCCCUACACAGACCUAGCCUUUCCAGGCUCCUCAGCCCAGACCCAUGAGCUAAUGAAAUAGAGCAGGCUGUGUGCUCUAGAGCCCGCGAGCCACAACUACUGAAGCCUGCGUGCCUAGAGACCAUGCUCCGCAACAAGGGAAGCCACUGCAAUGAGAAGCCCGCGCACUGCAACAAAGAGUAGCCCCUGCUCGCCGCAACAAAGACCAUGUGGUCGCCGCAACAAAGACCAUGCGCAGCAACAAAGACAGCCAAAAAUAAAUUAAUUAAUUAAAAAAAAAGAGAGGGCGGGCUGGAGGUCACUGGGCUCAAGGCAGCCAUGGAUGCCAGGUGGUGCUGAGAGCAGUGGGGCAUGGCUGCAGCCCUGCAGGUCCUGCGUCACUUGGCCCGAGCCCCCUUGAGACCACUCCUCUGGGGGUGCCCAUUGGCCCGGCUGGCCAGUAGCAUGGCCCUGGCAGAGCAGGCACAGCAGCUGUUUGAGAGCACUGUGGGUGCCGUGCUGCCGGGCCCCAUGCUGCAGCGGGCACUGUCUUUGGACCCUGACAGUGGGCAGCUGAAGGUGAGGGACCGGAGCUUUCAGCUGCAGCAAAACCUCUACCUGGUGGGCUUUGGCAAGGCUGUCCUGGGCAUGGCAACUGCAGCUGAGGAGCUCUUGGGCCAGCAUCUUGUGCAGGGCGUGAUCAGCGUUCCCAAGGGGAUCCGUGCUGCCAUGGAGAGUGCUGGCAAGCAGGAGAUGCUGUUGAAGCCACACAGCCGUGUCCAGGUAUUCGAGGGCGCGGAGAACAACCUGCCGGACCGAGAUGCCUUGCGGGCUGCUCUGGCCAUCCGGCAGCUGGCUGAAGGCCUCACAGCUGAUGACCUGCUGCUUGUGCUCAUCUCAGGUGGGGGCUCGGCCCUGCUGCCCGCCCCCAUUCCACCUGUCACACUGGAGGAGAAGCAGACACUCACCAAGCUGCUGGCGGCCCGUGGAGCCACCAUCCAGGAGCUGAACACCAUCCGGAAGGCCCUGUCCCAGCUCAAGGGUGGGGGGCUGGCUCAGGCCGCCUACCCUGCCCAGGUGGUGAGCCUGAUUCUGUCAGACGUGGUGGGGGACCCUGUGGAGGUGAUUGCCAGCGGCCCCACCGUGGCCAGCAUCCACAGUGUGCAAGAUUGCCUGCACAUCCUCAAUCGCUAUGGCCUUCGUGCUGCCCUGCCACGUUCUGUGAAGACUGUGCUGGCUCGGGCUGACUCUGACCCCCAUGGGCCACACACCUGUGGUCAUGUCCUCAAUGUGAUCAUUGGCUCCAAUGCACUGGCACUGGCUGAGGCUCAGAAGCAGGCCGAGGCGCUGGGAUACAGGGCUGUGGUGCUGAGCACAGCUAUGCAGGGAGAUGUGAAAAGUGUAGCCCAGUUCUAUGCACUGCUGGCCCGAGUGGCUGGAACCCGCCUCACCAUGCCUGGGGCUGGAGCCUCUGUGGAGGAGGAUGAACAACUCUAUGAACUGGCGGCUGAGCUCCAGCUCCCAGACCUGCAGCUGAAGGAGGCUCUGGAGGCCAUGGUGGGCACUCGGGGCCCGGUCUGCUUGCUGGCUGGUGGUGAGCCCACAGUGCAGUUGCAGGGCUCAGGCAAGGGUGGCCGGAACCAGGAACUGGCCCUGCGUGUUGGAGCAGAGCUGGGACGGUGGCCGUUGGGGCCUAUUGAUGUGCUAUUUUUGAGCGGUGGCACUGAUGGGCAGGAUGGGCCCACAGAGGCAGCCGGGGCCUGGGUCAGGCCUGAGCUUACCAGCCAGGCCGCCGCCCAGGGUCUGGACGUUGCCGCCUUCCUAGCCCACAAUGACUCACAUACCUUCUUCUGUCGCUUCCAGGGUGGGGCACACCUGCUGCACACGGGGCUGACUGGCACCAAUGUCAUGGACGCCCACCUCCUGUUCCUGCAGCCGCGGUGAUAUUGUAGGUCAUGUUUUGGGAACCUAGAGGAGGCCUGCAGGGCAGCGUCCUGGAGCAGACCAGGUUUGGUCCCCAGGGCCUCCCCAGGCUUUAGGGCCUCUCCUCUCCUUGGCCCUAGCUACAUGGUUGUCCCUCACACCUCCCAACCAGGGCCUCUGCUUUGUGUCCAACUCCUCAACCAGACAGGCAGAUGGGGGUUCUCUUCCACCCCUACUUUUUCAGCCGUGGCAGCAGGUACCCCUGAGGACCAGGACGAGCCCCUAGGCCAAUUUGCUGCUCCCAUUGUUUUCCCCCAGGCAGCCCCUCUGCUCAGCUCCUGAGCCUGUUUCUUCUGUGGGGUGAAACAGGAAGGACUGAAAAUAAAAAGGACCACACUAUGGGUUCUCAGUGCUUCUUCCCUCACAGCAAAGGUUAGCAGGGAGCUGCUGGGAAGGGGAAUGGUGUUGGGCAGCAGCUCCUGUGCCAGGGCCCUGCAGGAGUUCUCCAUAACCAUCUCUGCAGGGCACUUGCUUCACUUAAACAGGAGCUUGGGAGGGUUGAGCGUGGCUCCCAACAUGCUUGAUGUGGGUGAGCAGAGACCCCAGGGAGGACAGGCCUAAGAACUUUAGUCUGUGAGGUCUGGGAGGGACUGGCCACCCAUCCAACUGUCACUCUCCCCUGUGGCAUCCCUGCUGAGGUCUCUCCACCCUGUUAUGGAGUGCCUCUCUGGGCACAUGCUUACUGCCUGCCGCCAAGGACUUUCUUCUGUCUUUGGACAGCCCUUAGCCAGACUGUACUUUCUUUGGUUGAUAAACCCCUAUUUAUCCAGGGGUUACCCUCAGCCACACAGGACACUGGGUGUUGUUUCCUUGUGCCAGACCCAUUUUCCCAGGCUGAACCACUCCCUGCCCUCAGAGCCUUUAGCUGUUUCUCUGGGAACACAGUCCAGUUCCUGGUGCCAGCCUGCAGUGGGGGUCUCCAGUGCUGGGAUGGUGGGUCAGAGCAGUGGUGGGGUCCAGCAGCCCCUCUCCCCUUCUCCUGUUAUGGCUGCCUGGGAAGAGGCCAGUGGGGAGGGGAGCAACAGAGGAAGGGCUUCCUUAGCCAGGCUAGCAGACUGCCCUGGGAGAGGGUGGGGCCGCUGUCCUGGCUCUCCUUGGGCCCCCUUGUUCAGUGUUCGAGCCCUCCGCUGGCUGCCCCCGCCGUGCGCCACGGCUCCAAUCCCUAUAUGAGUGAGCAGUAGAAUCACAUAGGAAUAAAAAGCCAUAGAGAACAGCGAGGCCUGGGGCUGUUCCUGCUGGCCUCCUCCUCCAUCCCAGCCGUGCCCUCCUCUCUGAGGGUGUGAGGGGCUCUGGGCCAGGGCUGGUGUGCCCUGCUCCUGGGAAGAGCCUCCCUUCUCUACUUGGGCUCCAGAUGGUGCAGCUUGCAGGUGGUUCCUGGUGGGCUGGGGAUGGGGAGGGAGGUGAGCAGGUGAGCCGGGUGCUGGGGUCCAGGGAGAUUUAGGGGAGAGGGGAAUUCAUACCCCUCUGUGAUGCAGGGGCUCCAUUUCCUUCUGUCCUGGUGGGAGGUUUCUUCCGGCAGGGGUGGGGAUGUCAUAGUCUUAGGGGCUACUGUCCCUGCAUGGCUGUGCCUGUGCCCCGGUGCUCCUCUGGCACCCUCUAGAUAUGCCCUGUUCCUGCUUCAGUCCUUGCCCUCCGGGGCAUGAGGAUUAGCACUGGGUGUCAAGUUCCCAGCAACAGCAGGAUAAGAGGGUUGGGGCUGUGGCAGAGGGCCUGUCUGCCAUGUCCCCAGCAUGUGCAUGCGUAUGUGUGGUGGCAUGUGAGCGUGCAGGUGUUGGUGUUGGCAUCGCAGGAGGGGGAACGCAUCUGUGUGUGUACACGGAGGUCCUCAGCACGGGCUGUGCUGUGCUGCUUCCUGUGCGCAUAGCUGCUUACACACCUGCUGAGGGGUGAGGGAGUGGGGUCUUGCCAGAGUCUCCCCCUGCCACCUUGUCCCCUGCCCUGGGCCUGUGUUUGUGGGGGCUGGAGGCCAGAGGCUGGAUUGGGCCUAACCCAUUAGAUUUGCCCAUUUGGUAACCCCAAGAUGAGAACGGAUAUAUUUGGCUGCAAUCUGGAUGAAAAUAUGAGAUAAAGCCUACAUGGUGAAUGUUCUGUAGGACUUAUUAUUUGCUCCAUAAAUGUCAAUUAUGUGUCACAAUAA